AUGUUUUUUAUUUUUAACCCAAUGAUCUCCUCCAUCUACAACUUCUUUGCGCUGGAGUCGCUGGACGCGCGUCUGUGUGCUCCGGCCAAUCCAAAGAAGAAGGCCGAGAUCAUCAAACGGGCGGGUCCGUCGAGAUGGAAAACGCUCGAGUUCAAGUUUUACGCGGUGGCCUUCCUGAUUGUCGUUCCAUUGAUGGUCAAGACCGCGAUGGAAGCCAGCAACGAAACCAACCCGAACUACUACAGAUACGAGCGGAUCUUGAGUGACGGAUGGCUGUUUGGUAGAAAGGUCGACAAUAGCGAUAGCCAAUACCGGUUCUUCAGAGACAACAUUCCGAUGCUGACGGUUCUCAUGGUUGCCCAUUUGGCUCUCAAGAAUCUGGUGACUAGUUUUGGCAUCGAGAACAUCACGUUCGACUUUGUGUUUGGUUUGGUGUUUCUGUUUGGCGCGCACGGAUUCAAUUGUCUGCGGAUCCUGUUCCAUGCCGCAGUCAUGUACGCAUUGGGCAGAGUGCCUAUCAAAAAGCUAAGCAUUGCACUGUUAUGGAUCUACGGAAUCGGCACCCUGUUCCUCAACGACAGAUACAGACAGGUGCGGUUCUCGCAGAUCGUCCCUGGACUCGAGUCCAUGGACUCGUUCAAAGGCCUAAUCGAGAGAUGGGACGUGUUUUUCAACUUCACUUUGCUUAGACUUCUCAGUUUCAACCUCGACUACUUGUGGAGAGAACAGAAGAAAGACAAGGAGACCAAAGAAACCAAGGAAUCUCAGGAACUCAACGAAAGAGAAAGACAAAAUUACUACCUGGAAGCUUCGGACUACUCGUUGUCCAAUUACAUGGCAUACGUUUUCUACACCCCGUUGUUCAUUGCCGGGCCUAUUCUCACUUUCAACGACUACAUCUACCAGAGCCGUAAGCCUCUAAGUUCAAUCAAUUGGCAAAGAACCGCAAAAUACGGUGUCAUAUUAGUCUAUUGUAUGCUACUGAUGGAGUUCAUUCUCCACUAUAUCUAUGUUGUUGCUGUUUCCAAGGCCAAAGCCUGGGACGGAGACACGCCAUUCCAGAUCUCGAUGAUUGGUCUGUUCAAUCUGAAUAUUAUUUGGCUCAAGCUGCUGAUUCCAUGGAGACUGUUUCGAUUCUGGGCCCUGUGCGACGGCAUCGACACCCCGGAAAAUAUGAUUAGAUGCAUGGACAACAACUACUCCACGGUGCAGUUCUGGCGUGCCUGGCACCGCUCGUACAAUAAGUGGGUCGUCAGAUACGUGUACGUGCCACUUGGAGGCUCGCAGAGCCGGAUUCUUGCUUCUCUGGCGGUGUUCACGUUUGUCGCCGUUUGGCACGAUAUCGAGCUCCGACUGCUGAUCUGGGGCUGGCUCGUGGUGCUGUUCUUGCUCCCAGAAAUGAUAGCCACCCAGUUUGCGAAACCGUACGAGCACGAGUGGUGGUUCAGACAUCUGUGUGCUUUCGGGGCCAUUAUCAACAUCUGGAUGAUGAUGCUCGCCAACCUGUUUGGUUUCUGUCUGGGCAAAGACGGCUUGGUGCUGUUGCUAAAGGACAUGUUCACCACGCUGGACGGGUAUGUGUUUUUCAUCUUGAGCAGUGUUUGUCUGUGGAUUGCUGUGCAGGUCAUGUUUGAGUGGAGAGAAGAGGAAAAAAGACGGGGUGUUGACGUUAAGUGCUGA